AACCACUCAGAUUCAGAACAGAUGUCCUGUUCCAUCUGUCUCUCCAAAUUCAAGAACCCAGUCUCCAUACCCUGCGGUCACGUCUACUGCACCGAUUGCCUCACCAACCAUGUUGCAGCAACGAGCAACGACGACGUUGGAUUCAUGUCCAACUGCCCGACAUGUCGCGAGCCCUUCAACUGUGUUAGCCCCCAGCUCAACUGCAUUCCCCGAAGGCUUCACCAAUAUAUCCUGCCUUCUGUUCGACGCGUCUAUGUCGAGCCCUCGUCAUCUUCCGCGUCGCUACGCAAGGAACUCGCGGCGGCAGAGAAACUUAUCCGGGCCCUAGAGAGGGAUAAUGAAAGGCUGGUGAACGAGCGCGACAACCUUGUUGUGGCCAAAGAAGACGCGCUGUAUAGGGAGAGUCUACUGGAAGAAGAGAAUCAAGAAUUAAGACAAAGUGCCGAGAUGGACGCAAUCGAGGCGGCAGACGCGUUGAAAGCACUGAAAAGCAAAUAUAACAAAUUGAAACAGCAUUGUCGAACACUGAAGGAAGAGAACGGGCAAAAAGACCUUUCCGCUGUGUUGCUAAACGUCAGCAAACGGAAUAGCUCUGCGGUUGACGCGUCUUUGACUGACGCUGAAGCAUCAACACCCAAACGGCUACGUAUGAUCCGACCCCUUCCCCACCGCAGCCGUUUGAGCCUCCAAACACCCACAAAAAACGGCGAGCAAUUAGGCUCUCCGUUCCGAACUUGA